AUGGUCUCAGUUUCUAUUUCAUUUAAUCUUUAUUCAUCACUUUUGCCAUCGCGAGAGAAUCUUAUGACAAACCAUACCAUGAAAAAUACGCUACCAUCGUCCCCCUGGGAAUAUCAACAACAAACAUUUAGAUCCAAGAAAAAUGAUCUUAAUGAUGGAUUUAAGAUAAAUACGUUCAACAAUUGGAUUGAACCUAUACCUUCUAUGCUUGUUAUGUUGGAUGAAAUAAAUUG